UAUAAAACAUCGUCCUAAUUUCUGUGUUCCUCACUACAAAAUCAAAACGCUCCAUGUGAACGCGCUAUCCGCGUGACCCGUCUGAUAGCAGUUAGUCAAUGGUUUACCGACCAAUGCUGUUUCCCCUCAAAAGUUAAAAUGGAUUAGUCCAAAAUAGAAAAAGCGUAUCAUAAAUACAACUUAUUUCGGCAAUUUCAGGAUCAUUUGCACUUGAUUGGAAAGGGGGAAGUGAGGUGGAAUUGUUUAUUUUAAUGGGGUGUCCAAAGAUGUGAUUGGAACCGUUUCCGGAAACGUCGAAUACAUCGCAACUCGUCACACUUCAUACUUUUGUUUUGUUCUGUGUACAGUGCAUGGGUUUGUGAUUUCAAUAAUGAGAGACUUUGCAUUUCUCUGAUGCUGCGAGUGUUUACGAGACAAGUGUGUCUCAAAUCAUCCUACGUUUGGAAAGGAUAGCAUGGGUGACUUUCCUUAUUCCAAAAAACGAGAUGUUUAUGAUCGUUUGAAACGUCGUUUUGAAGUAUACAGACACCAUCAUCGAAAUCGCAGCGACUACUACGACAAUACCAUUAAUAAUAUUCACGAGCAACAGUCGCUCGAAACCCUGAACCACCGCCAAAGGUGGCUGGACUCUAAAGCCAAGAAAGCAUCUAAGCAAUCCAAGGCCAGUCGCGAGUCCGCCGGGAACCAGGGGAAUCUCAUUCCUCGCUUAAAGAAAAUCGGAAAUCAAGGUGAUCGUACAGUGCCGGACAUCGACGAAGGGCCAGCAGCUAAACAGGGAAACACAGGAACGACCAGUGAAAUAAACUUCUCUGUGCGGAUAGAACAGCAGGACAACAACGUCAAACUUGACGUUCACGCUACCGUCGGCUCAAAGGCAGAACCAAGUGUUGAAACCACCACUAGUGUCAAAUGUGAACAGAAAACUAGCCCCGAGGACUGCAGCAAUGAAAAUGAAAACCUCAGUCCAUCUGAUAACAUAAGUAUCAACGAAGAAGACAUUGACUAUUUUCUAUCUAUGGUGGGAAAUAAUCCCGACGAGAAUCUAUUGGAGGAGAUUAAUAAAUUUGAGAAAAUUUGUCAAAGUAAAUUCUCGGAUGACAGUAAUAAUAGUAAUGACUCAAAAAUGUAUCCACUAAUGAAGUCUCCUGGACUGGCUGGGAACAAGUUAGAAUCCCACUCACCAAUCUUCAAUGGCAACCAGAAGUUUCCGGUCAAUUCACCUCAUUUACAGAACUUUAGGUCGCCCUCAGUGAGCAUGCCCGAGAGCACGCUGCCGGCCGCAGAGACUUUAAAACAAUUGGCGGCCAAUCAUCAGAACCAGACGCAGAGCUCAGGGAGCUUCCAGUCCUACCCUGGUCACCAUAUGUCUCCCGACGCCAACCAGUACCCACCCAAUUCAGGAUACCCACCCAAUUAUGACCCACCAAACCCAUCUCACUAUAACCCCAACCAAGGACCAUAUAUGAAUAACAAUAUGCAUGGACAUGUACCUUUUAACCAAUCAAAAUCUGAGCCUGGGUUAACGUACAAUGGAACCAAACCUCUCACUCAUUAUCAACCAAAUGACCCCGUGUCUGUGCAACAAACACAACAACCUCCAUCGUCACUGCAGCAGCUUCAAAACCAAGUUCAAUCUCAUUUCAGCCAGUCCUCGCAGAUGGAAAUCACACAGAGCCAACAUGUUCAGGUGUCAGAUGGGGCAAGCCGAAUGCAAAUGUCUCAGACCCAACAGGUCCACAUGAGGCAACCACCGCAACAGAUGUCCAUAUCCCAGCAACAGUCGUUCAAUGUGCCCGGUACCAACAUGGCUCCAAGCAAUCAAGGCAAUCAGUAUAUGAAUGAACAAAUGAAAAUGCAAAUGAUGCAAGAAAAAAUGCGUCGAGAACGCCAAGCACAUGCUCGCUCCCUGCUGGAAAGCCAACGGCAGCAACAGCAGCAGCAGUACAUGAACCGACCGCCUCCAGAAUACAAAAUGCAGCAAUCCGCACCCGAAGGGUACCCAGGGUCUGACAUGGGCCCCAAUCCACUUCAGACCAUGCAAAAUAUGGUAAACCAAACUAAUACUAUGCCACCAACCCAAUACAGCCAUAUCAAAUCUGAAAGUGCUAGUGUACAGAUGCCAAACGCUAUGAUGCAGUCACAUCAGGUGACGGCGAUGCAGCAGAGGGUAGGGGGUGGGCACAUGCCUGACAUGCAACAGGCCAAUCACCCAUACCCCAUUCAACGCCAACAGUCGUAUCCCGGGGCCCAGCCCCACCAACCCCGACCCCAGAGGCAUCCGCCAGAGUCCUCCUUUACGAGUUCCAUCAUGCGAAACCAACGACCACCAAAUGUAAAUGUGGGACCAGACGGUUUAAAUAUAUCUCAGCCUCGCGGUGAUUGGCCAAGGCCAAUGAUGAAUCAACAAAUGCCACGGCAGCAAAUGCCUCCUGGCAUGACGCAAAUGGCCCAAGUUGGCAUGAUGCAAUAUCAGUAUGCAAAUCAAAACGGCAUGGGAGGGUCAAGCAUGCCUGGUAUGCAGGGACCACCAUCCAGACCAAUGCAGAUGGCGUCAAUGCAGUCCCAACCCAUGAUGCCACAGUCCCACCAAAUGAUGAUGCGCCAAAGCAUGCAGAUGUCGCAAAGAAUGGCAAUGCGCGGACCGAUGGACUCGGCCAAUCAAAUGCCAAAUGGUUCAAAUCAUGAGGACAUUAUGAAUUUAUUGGACAGUGCUGGACCAAAUAAUAAUUCGGAACUCUUGGACACGAUGACGGUGCAGAGCUCUGACCCCAAUAAUGACGCCGCGUGGCUCGAUGAGAUUCUUGGCGGGAAGUGAUCGUCUGGAGACAACCGUUGAUUUAUUGAGAUAAUUGAAGAUGAAUCGAUUUCUUUUUAGAUAUGAAAUUGAAAUGAUACGAGUUGCAGAUUGAUGCAAGUGAUAUUUACAUAAUCAAUAGGACGAUUUGCAGAUUGCAAGGCUGUGUGGCCUACAGUGUCGAAUACCGCCAUGAUUUUCUUUUUGACAUCAAUAUCUGCAAUGGGAUGUAGGACCAGUAAUAUAGUCGCGCAGGAGCCUGACGACCCAGCCGUUUCCGGCGCUUUCUGACCCCGCGAAGGAAAUGUCGAGUUUAAUUUUGAACUGAAGUGCUUAUAUUCAUUAGAUCUGUUACUUGUAUUUCCCGAAAAAAAGAACUACCUCCAGGACAAGAUCGUUAUAUCUUAAUCAGCUUCCUUUAUUUAUCCUUCAUUAUGCUUUAAAAGUUAAACUAUUGGUUAAGCCGCAAGAUACCAAAAAAAAAGCUGAUUUCUUGUUAUAGGUUCUGUUAGAAGGAUCAGUAUUGAUUGCUUUGUAUUGCUCUUUUCUGUUCGUCCCACUUCUUCUAUUGUAUUUAUGAUUAUAUGUUUCAGUUGUUAAAUCGAACCAAGUAGUUGUAGCAUUUAGUGUUUCUGUUUCUACAUUAUAUGUUUAGUAUUGCAUGUUGCAUUUUUGUAUUCUCCCUUUUGUUGACCUCGCGACAUAUGGCAAAGAGCAGCAAACAAAAAGACCGUUUGGCCCGUCCCGAUUCCACUGUAAAACCAGCCCUAAUUGAAGUAUGUGUGACAGCGAGAAGUUGAAAUGAGAUUUUCAAGCGUUAAGCAAUGGGGGACACAUUGACCAAAUAGCUUUCUAUUUAUUGUCUUUCUCCUUUAUGAAUUGACGCUAUAGGCGCCAAAUCCUAGAUCCCCCUUUGUAUGGAGAUAACGGGAGCUAGGACCCUCGCACAUCGUUUUCUAUUAGCAUUUCAUUCGAUGGCCGACAGUUGAAAUUUAUUGCAAUUAAUUCAUUCCCACCGAUUUGCUAAAUAUUCCUGACACAUUCGCAUUUAAUUAAAGAAUUCUUGAGCGGCUUGUCCUGACUUCUCGCAUGACAUUGAGACUAAUCAGUCGUUUUUCUUUUUUUUCUUUUUUUUUAUACACAUGUAUAAAUCAUUUUAAAAGAUUCAUCACAUUUUCUUUUGAUUUUAAAAAUUUGACAAAAGUCGUGUUACGUAAGGUAUUUUUUCAUAUCGAUUGUUUACAUGUUUUUAUUGAAUAAAUCUAUUUUAAAUUUUAGAGAAAAA